AUGCCAGCCGCUGUAUCUGAAGCGCAUAUCGUCACCGCAAACCCAAAGUCGCGAAUCUUCAGAUCGUUCACGCGACAUGCCUCCGCGCCUACGAGCCCAUUGACGCUGGAAUUUCGCGUACCAAGUGAGGGAAGCUUUAGCGCCAACCACGAACACGCCCUUCCAUCGCCAAAGUCACCACAGACAACGUCGAGAUCGAAGCAGGGUCUAUUAAGUGAACUAUCCUGGGCGCAGUCACUUACAGUUCGCCUCCGUCGUGAUCGAGACAACUGGCGCUCGCUCGCUCUGGAGCAAGAACAGGACCUCAAGGCAGCCCACCAGGACCUUGAGCACCAAACUUGCGUUAUAUCUCAGAUCGAGCAGGAAAGCGCCAAUCUCCGAUUCCGCCAUGAAGAGGAUAGGACAGCUGGCGGGCAACUCUACUCGCGCUUCCAGGUACUCGUCUCCGCGCACGACAAGCUUGUCGACCAGCUCAACGAUGCCAUGCGUACCAUCGCCCGUCUUAAGAAGAGCGACCGUGCCAAAGACAAGGUGCAGCAGCGCAAUCUGAGCUUGAAGGCCACGCUGCAUAGGUACACGUCUCAGGGCACCUCGGCCACUACACAAGCCGCAGCAGACACCGAGUCUACGCUGAGAGAAGCACUGGCGUUGGCUAAUGAGCGCAUUGAAGAGCUUGAGACCAAGGGCGAGGCUAUGCUUGACGCAUUAGAGAAGCGCAACGAUAGCUGUGGUAGUGACGACGAAGAGAUGGGAGAGAGAAACGUCGAAGCAGGAAUGUUGGAGGCCGAGGUCGCGUUCCGCGGUGUUAUCGAGGAUGAGACUUUUAAAGAGCAGAAAGUGCUUUGGCUGGAUCUGCUGGAAGAUUAA